AUGUCCUCCCAUCGUGCUGAUGCGAGUACCCUCCUUGACAAUCGUGGCUAUUCAGGGCCGCUGGUCCGCGGUGUCAACCCCGCCACAUUGUUCGAGAAAGCCGUUCGCGACCGCAUUACGGACUCAUAUUACUGGAAAGAGCAGUGCUUCGGUUUGAACGCAGCAACACUUUGCGAUCGCGCAGUCGAAUUGACAUCUAUCGGCGGUACAUACGGUGUCGCCGAGAAACCCACUCCGUUUCUCUGUCUUGCGUUCAAGUUGCUGCAACUCAACCCCGAUCGUGAAAUCAUCUUGGAAUAUCUCAACUACACCGAUCCGGGCAGUGACGAAGAGACAGAGGCCGCGGCGGAGGAUCAGGCUCGAAAUGGCGUGAUUGGACAACGGGGGGACUUCAAAUACCUCCGCGCCCUGGCGGCGUUCUACGUGCGUUUGACCUUUGACCCGGUCGACGUCUACAAGACACUGGAACCUCUCCUUCUCGACUACCGGAAGCUGAAGCGACGAGUACGCGACACAUUUGUGCUUACCUAUAUGGAUCAAUUUGUCGACGAUCUUCUGACGAAGGACCGUGUGUGCGGUACUAGUCUUUGGAAGUUACCGGCACGCCAGCAGUUGGAGGAUCUGGAUUUGUUGGACGAGCGCAUCAGUCCAUUGGCGGACGAACUGGAAGAAUUGGAUAAUGAGAGCGACCAAGGCAGCCAUGAUAGCGAGUCACGGUCUAACGGGGCCGCUGGGGACGAGUGA